AUGAAUCGACGUGCGAAUCGUUCUCUCUCCAACGCCUUCUUCACAAUCACACACUCCUCUCGCCAAUCCCCACUCCCCACUUCACCAAUCCCCUUUACUCCAAGGAUUCAAACCCUCCCAACCUCAAAUUUCCACUCUUUUUCCAAAAUCACCAACACCCACAUCACGAUUCAGCACAACCUAAGAAAUUUCAGUAAUGGGUCAAGCGAGUUGGAUCACAACAAGGAAGUGGACGAAAUCAACCUCAAAUUUGCAGAAGCAAGGGAAGAGAUAGAGAUGGCGUUGGAAUCGAAAGAGACUGUCUAUUUCAAUGAAGAAGCUGAGUGUGCUCGUGCUGCCGUUAACGAAGUGUUGUCGAAGUUCGAAGGGUUGUUGGCGAAGUUGCCGGAGAAGGAGAGGGGAGCUUUGCAGAGGGCUAUGGGUCUCAAGAUUGAACAAUUGAAAGCUGAACUUUUGCAAUUGGAUGAGUAA